AGCGAGUGGCAUGUAUAGCGUUACUGGCACUUUAACUUCUAUUAAUAAAGGUUUCUAGGUAUUAGCAGGUGUGGCCCAUAGCACUUGAUAGAAGACGCUCUUGUAUGCUACUAUCUUCCACACUCGACGUAGGCGAAGGAGAUAGACCACACAGCGCGAUGGGGAAGGAAAAGGGUCUAUCGUCCGCGCCCAAAGGUGCAAUCGACAUCGCUGAGUCGGCGGAGCUAAAACCAACUCGCACUAGAACUGGCCAGUCCAGUUCGAGUGGUGGUGCUGGUAAGUCAAACAAGAACUCACUUGCACCACCAUCUGGAGAACAAAAAAGGACUUCGUGGGGAAGCGACUUCCGCAAGAGUGUGGUACAGCGCGUGCCGCAGAAGCUGCGAAAGAAGAAAGAGCUUCGUGAUGUGGUCGUUUACGAAAGAGCAUGGCCUGUGGAUCGAGCAAGAAUGGAAAAGGGCAAAGGUUUGGAAAGUGUCGAGAUUUUGAUGGUACUGGACAAGCCGGAGGCUGCUAAAAGUCUCGGAACAACGGCGGAACGUACACGCUUAUGCAGUGAAUAUAGUAGCAAGUUGAAAGUAUCGAGGGACGAGUUCUUCAAAAAUAUGGUGAAGAGCGAAUUUGCUUUUAGCAAAGAUGUCAUCUACCUGGACCAGAAACUGAAGCUCAAGUGUAGACAUAAUAAAAAGAGAUUGUGGAAGAAGAUGAAAGAGGAAGGUAAAAAACCCAGCGAAAUCCGCGAGCGCGUAAUGCAGGAGAAGGCCUACCUGAUUGUGGAAAGCAAAACCAGCGUAAAGCACAAGAGAGAGGCUAAUCUGUUAAAACAGUUAAUGGAGGAGAAGGAACAUUAUAGCGAUCGAAAGGCCGCAGCGCUGGAGUUGGAAGAUAGGAUCUCUAUUAUUGAGCUACAAAACUUGCAGGCAAAGGACUUUGGCGUACGCACACACGACCACUACAAGGAGCUACUUAUGGCGUCUCAGAAGGAGAGACGGUUUGUUAUCAGGGCCCACUACAGGGCGAUUGAGAAAGAAGUUGAGAUCGACAUAAAGAGAAUCAACGAUCGAAGAGAAAAGCGAGCCAAGACGGCUAAGCGGGCAAAAAAAAAGGCGGAAGCUAAGAAGAAAAAGGCUCAAAAGCAGUUAGGUAAGGAUAAACGUACCGAGACCAAGGCGCUAGACCUUGCAGAUGUUGUCAACACCUCAGGCGAGGAUGAAGAUGAUGACGAGGAUGAGGUGGAUCAGGGUCCGUCCAGCAAACACACUCGCCAACCAGAAUCCAAACUGACACCGGUGGCAACCCUGGACCAGAAUUCGUCCAUCAAUUCGUAUACCCCGGCCGCCAAAAACUUGCAGCCCCGCUAUACUACUGUGCCCGAUACACACCCGAGACCCGGAGCCAACGGACUUGCGCCCAAACCUUCCAGAGCUAAACCCCGCGGGGACGUGCAAUCGCAGACGGUACCGCGCAACGCCUUGAUCAUACAGAAGAGCUCCAACUUGCCUGGCAGCUCCGGGGGAAGCGCUAAUGCUGGUCUGAUCAUCGACCCGAAGGGUGUGGUCAUCGACAACAAGGGCGUGCACCCCAUGCCGCGAGUGUCGGGUGGCAUUAUUCAGACGGGUUUAGUACCCGGACAGCAGAUACGGAAGGCGAACACGGGUCGACUCACCGCGGGUCCUCCAGGCCAACUGAACAGAUCCCCCACAUCAGGCCCUCAGGGCCAACUGAGCAGAUCCCCCGCAUCAGGCCCUGUACCACAGGCGAGGUCGCGUGGUCGCGGGGACGGCGGAGAUGGGGCGAGGCUUCGCAUGGCUACUUCAUCGGCCAUCUCGUUCCCUGCAGAGAAGGUGCGUGACGGUGACGUCAAGCUACGGCAUGUGGCUUCAACGGCCAGCGGCGCUUCCUCUACCAGCAGUAGAAUACAGAGUAGCGAGCUCGAAAACCAGACAUCGGAUAGGAGUAUUGCCAGCCAAAAGAGAACCCCGGGAAGGGGCGGCACCAAGUUGCCGCCACCGGAUAGUAACCAGUUCGUACCGCCCGUACGCCCCAGAGUCUCCAGUCAAGAGAUCAAGUGAGCCGAGCCAGGACUAAAUAUAAAUUUGGAGUGUGCGUCAUAAGGAAGUAUGGUUAAGACCACGAAAACUAUACAUGGAUUGAAUAAGGCAUUUUUUACUCUAGAUCUCGCGUUCCCUCUGAUCAUGCCGAAGGAUUAAGUGGUAGAGAGGAGUGGGCGGAAGGGAUCGGCGGCCGUGUACAAAAGCAAGGCAUAAACAAUAAAUAUGCCAUAAAAAAAACAGACAAGCAAAGCCUUGCUUGGAGGACAGUUGUAGGGGGGCAAUGUGUUUUCUAUACUGCGGCAGUUACAGCCCACCGUGAGCGAUAAGUGCCAGUUGAAAUGAGUUCAAGUAGAUUUUCAUCGUCAUCUGCGUACUUGGACACUCCUUUCCGUGGAUUCGUACUCGUUUGUUCGGGUAAAAUAUCAGCAGAAGUUUGUAUGACAUAUGCCUAACUUUCUCUCCAUGUCGCGGUAAGAUCACUUGACUUGUCGCUAUCGAUGCUGAAGUUACUUAUUCUAGUGCUCCAAGGACUGCUUGUACACAAAAUAUUGCAGCUAAAAAAAUCACCACAUCUAUCACACCUAAAUUCUAUCGGACUGAACGUCUUGUCAAAAUAAAUAAAAUCGACAAAUGCCCG